AUGUAAUAUAUUGAUCAAGGAAAUGCAAUUUCAAUGAAAUCAGUUCAAGUAAGAAGACUGUAGAAAAAGAACUCUCUCUUUUAUUAAGUAUUUAUAUAGAUGUAAUAAAUAGCAAUCAUUUUUAGAAACAGAAGAAUUUAGUCAUCGAUAUGAAAAGAACAUAGAGGAAUUGAAAAUUUUUAAAGAUGAUCCAAAUCUCAAUGAAUUUAAAGAGCAUUUUAAAUUUAGAAAUGGUAAAUUUUAUGAAUAGCUUGAAUAAAUAAUAAAAGUUGAAUCUUGCCUAAAAGAUUUUGCAAAAGGGUAUGAUAUAAAAAAAUAGUUUAAAGUUAUGAAAAGUACGGUUUUGUAAUAUCAGAGUCAGGAAUAUUGCAUUGAU